CCUGUGGUUAAGCAGCCAAAUAAACUUUUUCUAAUGUAGACAGAUGUGCCUCUGGAGAAUAAGAGACUAGAAGCUGGCUUUUCCUUUCUGACUUAGAAUUCUAAUCUGAUGUUAUGCUUUGGUUCCUUGCACUUCAGAUCACAGACGAAAUUCUCAUCUUUUCCUUCUCAGACUGCCACCUACAAUUCUGCUGUUGAAGGAGCAUUUUGUCUUUGCAUAUAGGUUGCAUGGUUCUCUUCACUAUGAGCUCAAGCAUGUGUUACUAAAUUGAUAUGGAUUUGCUUCACAUUUUCUUUGCCUAAUUUGUGAUUAAAAAGUCUCAGUGAAAACGUCAAGGAAAAAAGGCCAAAACUCCUUCUCAGAUAAGUUAGCCGAACCUUUGCCAACCCACUCAUUACAACUCUGCUGACCUUGAAUAAAUGCAACAAAGGCAGGCUGUAUGAUAUGGAGGUGUAUUUUGGCAAUUUUGGCUAGUUGGCUUGAUUUGUAAUGCAAUUUGCGGAUACUUAAGCUAAUCUUUCUAAAAAUAGAUUGACACGUUUGCAGAACAUCAUGAAAGACACAUAAGACAAUUUUUUUGGUAAAAAAGACAGUUUUUGUAAACCAAUUCCUUCCUGUUAAUGUCUCUCAUUGUUUAAAUAUUUCAAUUCAGUUGCAAUUACACACUGAAAUAUCCAUAUAUAACACUGCAAUGAUAAAAAGUUUAAAGUUGUUGUACUACUUAUAUACAGUAGCUACGCUUUUUUCGUUUUGUUGGAUGAAUUUUAGGGCAGUCUAGAGGCACUUUUUGUAAAAAAAAGUGCUGAAAAUAAAGGGAAGUGCUAUUUAAGGCAAAACCAGUGUUUCUUGCAAAUCUCUUGUCCCUCAAAUCAAAUACUAUUUAAUUGUCUUGAAUCCAGCUACAAUGUAUUUCAUCACCUUUUGACUGGAAUGUAACCUUGGAACUGGAAGUAACCUUGCUUUCUUUCAUUGUGCAGAGUUUGUCAGAAAUGGCACUUACUGUUAUUCAGUUGAUUAGUUUGUGGUGCUGGAGGGUCAAUGUAUGGACAUUCAGGCAAACCUAUCCUAGGGCUGGAACAGAGGUAACAAGCUUUUUACUUUUUAGUAUUAGUUUUUCUUGUUUAUUUCUUCUCUGACACUGAAAUGAGUGUCACAUUAGGAUCAAUUUUUCACUUGAGAGCAGUAGCUAAAGGAUAGAUAAGAAAGCAGGAGUCAUGGACUGCAUGCAAGAUGAGAUUAAUUAAGCCAGCAGGUUUUAGGAACCAGUGCAUUAGAAUAGCUUGGGAACUAUCCUUAUUAUUUCUAUCAAAUCUUGCUGUUAGCUUGCUUUCAUCCUUACCUGCAGUAUGUUAAAAGAGAAAUCUGUUUAUGAGAGUUUCUGCUUGGGGUUCUCAGUUGUAAAAUGGAGCAUGGUCAUGAGAUGUAUGUAGGGCUUUUUAAUGUAGUAUGAUUUGAACUAUUAUUGAAACAGGAUUUCUGUUAGGUUGAGCUCCUACUUCUGAAACGUAGUAAUCACUUCUGAUUCUCUGCUAGAAUGUGUUUGAGACAGCUGUCAGCCUUCUUUAUGAUACUCUUUACUAGAUAAAGCAAUAGAGGGGGACUGUGGAGUUGAAAGUAGAAACUGAAGUUGCUGGAGCUGGAUCCACUGACACUACUAGAAUGGCAGCUGUCUACUGAACUAAUACUAAAAGAGAGCCCUUGGUGUUUUCAAGCACUUUUGCUGUUUUCUUCCCACCACUCCAAUGUCAGGAACAGCAUACAUUUGGAAAAUGUCCCAUAUACCUGAGGCCCUGCCAUGUUAUGCAGUGCCUGAAUAUGUGGAGUUUGGUGUUCCUGGCUUCAGUGAUCAAAGGGAUGCCAUCAGAAUUUGUAAGGCUUUUGACAAAAAACAAAUCUCACACUGGAAUCUGUUCCAAAAGGAGCUGGCUUUAAUGUUUCCUCUGCCAAUAGCUAAAUGUUUUGAAGCUUGUGAAUAGCUUGUUUAUAUUCUGGAGUACAUCUGCUAGACUUGGAGAUGACAUCCAACAGUUAAAUUAUGAAAUAAAGUUGUCAUCAGAAGUAUAAAUGUUACUAUACGUGUCACAGUGUUGGUUUGCAGCACCGAACAGUGAAUAAUCCCCAAUUUUCAGGAUUUGGAUCCAGGGGACUGGAAUUACAUUUUCUUCAAAUCAUGGUUGUGCAGAAGUAAAUUUCAGCACUGGCCUCUUCAGCACUUCUGGGCAUAGAUUUUGUGCUGUGAAGUCUCACCUCUGAGGAAUGACCUGUCUGCUUUACCUGAUACACCUUAAGCUUUCACCACCUGCAGAACUUGUCGGUGGGGCCAGCCUCAUACCCUUUCCCAGGUCUCCAUCUGGUGGCCAUUCUGCCUUGUACCUCCCAAAUAUUGCAUGUCCUAGGUGGUUGAACAAGUAGUCCUUUGACAAGUCUGCCUUUCUGUUAGAAGUGACUUGCACUGUGCAAGAGAACCAGCAAAAGGUUACAUGCUGUUCUCUGCCCAAACUUACUUCAUCCAUCAAGAUGCUUUCCCCCAGCUUCGCACCACUACUCUGAUAGGACUCCUAGUCCCCUUUAGUUCAGUUACAAUUUUGUAGCUUUAUAACUUUAUCAGACCUUGCUCAGAAUACACUAUCGUGUGUUUGGUACCCUUCAACUUUAGUUCCUCUGCAAAUCAGUGGGUACUUUCUUCUUAACAUAGGUCUUUCUUAGGCUUUUUAUUCUUUAAAUAUCCAUGCAAAGACUUUUUUCUUUGAAGGAAAAUUCCACUUUAUUUUUUUUCCUGUCCCUGUUGCAAAACAUGUGCAGAGUGAGUCUUAUAGGCUUUUACCUUGCCAUUGUGUUUUAAAUGACCCAGCAUCAUGGAAAAUAAGGAAUCAUUAAUGCAGGUCUGGAAGAGACAUGACACCAGUCUUGAUAAAACAGAUAUCUGCUUCCACAUCCACUGCAGCUUUCAAUAAUACUUCAGUUUCUAAAAUCAGACAAAAAUCCUAUUUUGCAGUGGGCUUUCCAGACUGGUACAACGAAUUUAUUCAUGGCUGCUAUUGACAAUAAGAGCAGUGCCAUUCAGAGUUUUGCUUUAUUUUCCUAAACCUUACAGGUGUCAAAUAUCCCUCAAGUUUAAGGGAGAAGGAACAAAUUAAAAUGUAAUUAGGCAGGUCAUUCAAAUCCCAAACAAACAGUGCUCCUUAUUUCUAAUGGAACAAGAUCUUAACUUAAUCAGUCUCAAUUCUCAUGAGUCCUCUACCUUAGAGUUGGAUUUAUUUUCCUAUUGUUCUUCUUAUGCUUUGCUGGGUAGAGAUUUGCACCUGUCUCCAGAGACAUUGUAGGAGGUAAGUCUAGAGGUGUGAGAAGGGACCAGAAUUUCUGAUCACCUGGGCUUCUUGUGGCAAACAUCUCCCAGGACAGCAGUUCUGUCUUCCCCAGCAGUUUCUCGGGGAAGGUUGUGAAAAGAGAGAUGUUUAUUUGCACCUUUGCGUACAACAAGAUUAAUUUAAGAGACAAAAGAAGACUUGGUUUGAUUCUGAGCUUCAUGUUUAGGUGAUCAGAGGGAGAGUUCGCUGUUUCCCUCCCCUGUUCUGCAAACAGAGUUCUGUAUCACAGUUGCCUGGCAGAAGUGUGGUGUAUGGUGAGGGUUGUCUCUUCAGUCAACCUGUAUGGCAGGUCUUGUUCUUAUUCCUGCAUUUGUCCAUAGAGGGUAAAAAUCAUCAGCUUUGCUUCCGUCGGUGGUACUCUGUACUAUUGCUUGUGCCAUGACUCUGCUUUGUGUGGCAUGAAGCAAAGUACUGAUGAUCUCUGCUCUGCUUGAAAAGACAAAAGUGUAUCCCAGCUGCUUCUUGUAGCCUUUGUUUUUGUGUACAAAGAGAACUGAGGAAAAACGCAGUGUAGACCAUUACCUUGAAUGGGCAAAGUAAUUAAUGUUUAGAUUUUGCCCUUGAAAGGCAAAAUCUAAACAUUAAUUUCAGAGCUUCUCUAAGGCAUCCUCUCUGAAGCAGAAGUCUGACGCAGAAAAUUUAUGCCCUUCUUUGUUUUCAGAACUCUUUCUGAUACAAUAAAGCAAGUCUCAUUUGGUCUUGGCUUGUGACCAUUAAGAACUUACUAUAUCUAGCUGAGCUAGGAAUAAUUGAGCAGAGUGGAAGAAUCCUGUUUUAGAAGCAGAAGUUGGUAACAUUGCUUUUACAAAACAACAGGAAACAGCUUUAUAGAUUCCUUUAUGGAAGCUGAAAAGCUGCUCUGCUUUCCUUGAACUAUUGAGCUGACUGUAAAAGGGCAGACUGAUUUGCCCAUAGACAGAACAUACCAGUGAAUUCAAUUAGCAAUGUUAGGUCUGUGCCAUUAUGACUGGAAAUCAAGGCACUGGCAGUACUGGGCAACAGAAAUGAAAAUGGCUUUAUUUCUGUCCUUUGAUUCAUAGUUGGAAGGUGUGCUUAGCUAAACAUUCACCUCAAUCAUAUUUUGAAACCAUGUAAUGCCCACCCCUGGUUUUGGCCAUUUAAUAAGAACAGCUGUCGGUAGUUUUUUGUGGUUAUGAGUUUAUUGCUUCAGAAGACAGAAUGCCUGGAGAAAGUAAGGCAAGCUGUAAGUGGAUGCAUGUGUUUCAGCACUGCAUCGCUCUGUAGAAGAAACCCCCGUGCAGAGGGAGGCUGGCAUUAGCUGCUAUGACCCUUGCUUUAUAGCUGUGUGUUUUGUGUUUUAAUGUUUACUUUGCCCUCGCUAGGAUUAAAUACCUUGAAACUGAUCUCUGCCAAUAGGGUGCUUGUUGCCAGCUGCUUUCUGAAAAGCCCGAAACCGUGUUGUGCUGGAAAAUACCCGAGGAAAAAACCCUUCCUCGUCUCCCGAGUUGGGCUAUUUGUUCCGGCCCUCGGGGGCAGUGGCUCCCGUGCGAUGCGAUGCAGCGCGGGGAUCUCGCAGCGGGGGCGAGGGGGCCGCGGGAUCCCCGUGGGGCCCGGCCCGGCGGCGACGGCCGAGAUUGGCUCUGUCCCGCCCGGGCCGGCGGCGGCAGCCCGGGAAGGCGCUGCCCCGGCCCCGGCCCCGGCCCCGGCGCGGGCGGGAGGGCGGCCCUGGCGGCGCCGCCCAGCAGGAAGUGGGAGCGCGACGGUGGCGGCUCCCGGCGGGAGCGGGGCUGUCCCGGGAGCGGCGCUGCCCCGCGGGACGCGCCAGAGGCUGACCAAGCAGGAAUUCUGGCAGCUGGUACACCAGAGCUAUGGCUCUGAGCUGGGCCUGAACAGCGAGGAGAUGGAGAGCUUCCACUCAUCGUCAGAGGACAACGGGCAGUCUCGAUCCAGCAUUUGUGAUGAUUCUGGAGAAAGGGAUGAAAAACUAUCCAAAAUGAUUGGUUUAGUUCGUGAGCCCACACUACAAACAGAAGGAGAGUCACUCAACAGACACAUGUUGCCAGGAGUGGAGGAGUCCUCAAGUGAGAAGCAAAUAAAGAGUCCUCUUCCAUCUUCAGAAAGAAAACCUGCUAAGCUAGUUAGGAGCAGGUCUUUAGAAAAGUCCUUGGAUCUUAAUGAAAAUGAAAAUCUUCCAGGGAAGAGCAGUGCUUCAGAUAGUGAAGAAGCAGUGAAGGAGACUGUCUCUGACAAUGAUCUCUAUGGGAGACUUUUUAUAAACAGAGUUUUCCACAUCACUGCUGACAAGAUGUUUGAAAUCCUUUUCACCAAUUCUCACUUCAUGCAGCGGUUUCUUAAUUCCAGGAGUAUAGUAGAUGCUGUAUCAACCCCUUGGAAUAGAGACUCCAAUGGCAAUCAGUUGAGGACUUUGACGUACACUGUAACGAUUAACAAUCCACUUUGUGGGAAGUUCACAACUGCAACGGAAAAGCAGAUCCUCCAUAAGCAGAGCCAGAAAGGUCAGUCUUACCAGGUAGAUGCUGAGGUCCUGACCCAUGACGUCCCCUACCAUGAUUAUUUCUACACUGUGAACAGAUACUGCAUCAGCCGCACGUCUAGUCACAAGUGCCGGUUACGGGUUUCUGCAGAAGUGAAGUACAAAAAACAGCCUUGGGGUCUUGUCAAGUCUGUAAUUGAGAAGAAUACCUGGGGAGGAAUACAGGAAAACUUCAAACAACUUGAAUCAGAUCUCCUAAUGGAGGAAUAUGCAAUUAAUCAAUCCAUAGAAGACUCUGGGAAAUUACUUGCUCUGAGACGUAGGCGACGCACUUUACACCGGGGUUUGGCAGAAUCCCUUCCCAAACGCUCUUCCCAACAUUCCUCUGGUGACAUGGGAGUAGAGUCCCAGGGCAGCUUAAUAGGAAGGAAAAGAGAUGCAGUAAGUAGGACCACCACCAUCAUUGUAGUAAUGAGUGUCUUUUUGCUACUCUUGGUCUUGCUGAAUAUAACACUGUUCCUCAAACUCUCAAAGAUAGAGCAUGCAGCUCAGUCCCUUUAUCAUGUCCAGCUUCAGGAGGAAAGCUCUUUGAACAUAUCCCCAGAAAUGGUAUCAAAAGAGGAGAUACCUCAAUAUGAUAAGGAACAGGUUAAACGUGUGAAGGGAGUUUUAAGAGAUUCAAUCGAAAUGCUUGAGCAGCUGAAGAUUUCCCUUUCCAUGCUCCAAAGAAGCUUUGACCACUUGAACAGGACACAGAGCAGCAAGACUGAGAGUUAACAGCCACAUCAGCUUUUCAUUCAAGGCAUUAGAAGAACAGAUGUGUGUGUGAGGACUUGUGGGGUAGGGACUGUAAC